UAAGGGAGAAUCUAAUCAUUCAAGUCGUUCGUGAAACAAUAGCCCAACCAAAUCCCAAACUAAAAUUUAAAACUCCCCCCUUGAUUUCUUAACGCAACCAGUCGCAAAAUGGACAUGCACUUUCAGUACAAGAAGGAUCACUCCUUCGAGAAGCGUCGCAACGAGGGCGACAAGAUCCGUCGCCGCUAUCCGGACCGUGUGCCCGUCAUCGUGGAGAAGGCCCCCAAGACGCGCCACCCGGAUCUCGACAAGAAGAAGUACCUGGUGCCCGCCGACCUGACCGUGGGACAGUUCUACUUUCUCAUUCGCAAACGCAUCAAGCUGAGCGCCGAUUCGGCUCUCUUCUUCUUUGUGAACAACGUGAUUCCGCCGACAUCGGCCACCAUGGGCUCCCUGUACCAGGAGCACCGCGACAAGGACUACUUCCUGUACAUGUCCUACUCCGACGAGAAUAUCUAGACUCUAGAGACGUCUCCAACUGUUUGUCACUUUUUUUUUGGCAGUUUUUAAGUUCAUCAAUAAAGUAAUCGUCCAGCAAGCGAGCAUCGUCAUCGUCUGCCCCGCCCGCUGUGCUGGCCGGAAUAAUAAUUGAAUUGAAAAUGUAA